AUUGUUGGGAUGUUGCAAUUACAUAAAUUAUCGGUAUAAUCAUCGAAUUGUGAAUCUAUAACAAAUUAUACGAUGAUUAUUCUUCGAGUUUUAUCGUUUGCCCUUAUUUCCCGAUUCUCUCUUAAAUGCAUAACGAUUCUUCACUAAACGACUACAAAUAGAGAAAAAGUGGAACAUUCUACUUUCACAUUCGAUCAAAUACUCUGAAGUUCAAGGAGAAAAAAAAUUAAUAGCAGAUUCGAUUCUGUCAUAGAAAUUAAGACUUGGGAAGCAAUAAUAGUUAAGAAAGUGUGUGCAAAAACGCAACAGUUUAGAAUUCGAAAGACAAAAAGUAGAAAUAGCAGGACAAAGAAAAAAAUGUUUCAGUUGUCGGUAACCUUUGUUUUGAUGAUUUUGUUUGUUGGUAAAGUGUCUUCACUUCCACAAGAUGAACAAGAAAAUAAUAUGAAUAUUGCAAUAAACUUAAACAAAAUGACUAAUAUUUUAAAUAAAACGAUUAAAUCUUCAAUGAAGACUAUAGAAAAUAAAAAGGAAAAAAUAAACGAAAACAAUAACUUUAUAUUAAAAAAUUCAAUCAAUACAGUUGUAAACACGAUUGAAAUAAAAAAAAUAAAAAAUGAAAUACAAAAUUCUACUUCUACAAAAGAACAACAUGACAUGCCUAAUUAUAAUGCGACACCACAUGAUGACGAUGAAGAUGACAACAUUCAAUUAUUAAAUUUUACAGAAUCUAUGAUAACAACUGCGGAUAUUACGAACAUUAAUGAAACACAUCACUCCAUAAAUAAUAAUAAUUCAGACACAAGUACAGAUUUAAAACAUAUUACUAAUACUAAUGAAGCAUCGACUGAUUUUAUAUCGCCAUUGCUAGUAGAUAAAGUUGUUGCAAAUAUAGGCUCCGAAGAUAUUGUUGAGGCUAUAAAAUCUGUCAAUCAUACAAACAAACAUAUGUCUUCAGGAAUUAUAGCGUUAGUUACCGCAAUCAGUUUUGCUGUAGCAAUUGCAUUGGUAUAUAUUGGUAUGAUCGUUUGGAGGCGAUAUAUUGAAUAUCGAUAUGGACAUCGGGAAUUACUUGUUAAUGAAUUAGAAUUUGAUACUAAUGAUUUGCGACAUUUUGAGCUGUGAUUUAACAAAUGUAAUAGUUUGUAGAGAAGAAAAAAUAAUAAUAAUAAUUCAUAGCUAAGGCUGAUAAUAGAACUAUGAAGAUUUAUUGAUCUGUGAUACUAGACAUUGUCAAACAGUCAAGACACCAAAUAUAUUUGGAUAAUAUUGUAUAUUUCUUAAUAUAAAUGUUUUAUAUAUAU